AUGAACUUGGCUCCUUGCAUCUCUGCGAAUACGAUCCUGCGAUUUGGGGUUGAGCAAGGGCAAUAUCCAUGGUCCUAUGUGAACUUCAAUAAUCACAUAAGUCCAGCCCAUAGUUGGAAAAAAUGGACAGACGCGAUCCUUGCAAAUCCGGAGUACGAGGCAAUCUUGGAUGCAGCGAGUUUAACACCGUCUAUUAAGCUGUUUCGCCAGAUACACAUUCCUCGCAAUAUUGCAGGUUUAUGGGAACUAACCUCGCGAUGGAGCUCAAGCUCGCACACUUUCAUUAUUGCGCAGGGAGAGUUUACUCCCACGAUUGAGGACGUGAGCCAGUUGUUAGGCUUACCUUUUCAAGGAGUGGAAAAUCCUGGCUCUUGGGAGUUCACGCAAGCUGAAGAGACAUUAGCUCAUGAUCUCGAGAUAGCACUAGAGAAAACUAAAGAUUUUAAGUCGCUGUGGGACGCACAGGGUGUUCGCCAUGCUGAGCGAGGCAAGGGUACUCGCAAGGCCACACUUGGGGCGCUGGUGCGAUAUUAUUUUAAGGAUUUCCUCAUAACAAAAAAGAAUCUCAUAGAGGAGGGAAGAAAAGGAAUUCCAGGUCCCUGGGUUGACCAUUCUUCUAGUCUCGCGGCCUAUCUACUAUGCUGGCUAUCGAGAUACCUGUUCGAGGGGACUUCGGAGGAUGCUUCACAACCACGACUUGUGGAUCUGGCGGUGAAGCUGGCGAAUGGUGUGAAAGUGGCCUUUGCACCUCUAUUCUUGGGAACAUUAUACCACUGGCUUAACAUGGUGUGGGAAGAUAUGGGGCGAUCUGUAAGGCGCUACGUCCAUUGCUCGUACACGUCUACCAUAUUUCUACAAUUGUUCUUGUACGAGAGGUUCCAAUCUUAUGCUCCCAUCCCAGCAGACUUGGCUAUGGACGAGGAGGUGAUCAAGCAAAUCCCUCCCUAUGCAAAAUUUCUCAAAGAUUUGUGCACUCAAAAGCGCACUUCUAAAAAUCAUUUGCCAAAAAAAGUGAGGUUGACUGAAAAUGAUGACGCAAAGCCUACUAGAGAGGUCCAGCGCCGGUUAAAUCCAAACAUGAAGGAAGUGGUCAUGAAAGAGGUGAUCAAAUUGCUAGAUGCGGGAAUCAUCUAUCCUAUCUCUGAUAGCAAGUGGGUGAGCCCCACACAAGUUGUCCCCAAGAAAUCCGGGCUCACCAUUGUUGAAAAUUCAGCGGGCGAGCUCGUGCCACAACGAACCACCACCGGGUGGCGUGUGUGCAUUGACUAUCGUAAACUCAACUCAUCAACUAGGAAGGAUCAUUUCCCGCUCCCAUUUAUUGAUCAAAUCCUAGAAAGGUUAGCCGGCCAAAGCUUCUAUUGUUUUCUUGAUGGUUAUUCCGGCUAUAACCAAGUGGCCAUCGCCCCCCAAGAUCAAGAGAAAACAACAUUCACAUGUCCCUUUGGUACUUUUGCCUAUCGACGCAUGCCUUUUGGUCUAUGCAAUGCACCGGCAACGUUCCAAAGGUGCAUGAUGUCCAUAUUCUCCGAUAUGGUUGAAAGGUUCUUGGAAGUUUUCAUGGAUGACUUUUCCGUAUUUGGCUCCUCCUUUGACUCGUGUCUCAAAAAUUUAUCUCUUGUGCUCCAAAGAUGCAAAGAGACGAAUCUCAUUCUAAGUUGGGAGAAAAACCACUUUAUGGUCCAAGAAGGCAUUGUUUUAGGACAUGUCAUUUCUAAGCGGGGAAUCGAGGUAGACAAGGCAAAAGUUGAGUUAAUCUCUAAUCUUCCUCCUCCGAAUUCCGUCCGUCAAAUCCGUUCUUUUCUUGGCCAUGCCGGAUUCUAUCGUCGCUUCAUCAAAGAUUUUAGCAAAAUCUCACGGCCCUUGUGUAAUCUCUUAGCCAAGGAUGUUCCGUUCAAUUUUGAUGACGCUUGCAUGGAAGCUUUCAUCAAACUUCGCAUUCUCCUCUCCUCUGCCCCGAUCAUGAAACCCCCUAAUUGGUCUCUUCCCUUUGAGAUCAUGUGUGAUGCAUCCGAUUAUGCAUUAGGGGCGGUUUUGGGCCAACGUGUGGAUAAACUUCCGCAUGUCAUUUAUUAUGCUAGCAAAACUCUCUGUGAUGCCCAAUUGAACUACACCACCACUGAAAAAGAAUUGCUAGCUGUGGUGUACGCCUUGGAUAAAUUUCGCUCCUAUCUUCUUGGCUCCAAGGUCAUCGUCUUUUCAGAUCAUGCCGCCCUUAGGCAUUUGUUAGCGAAAAAAGAGACAAAACCCCGCUUAAUUCGAUGGAUCCUCUUACUUCAAGAGUUUGACAUUGACAUCCGGGACAAAAAAGGGACCGACAAUGUUGUCGCCGAUCAUCUCUCUCGCUUACUUAUUGAGAAAUCUUCGGAAUUUGCAGCCAUCCGUGAUUCCUUUCCGGAUGAGCAACUUCUUCAAGUUUCACAUUCUACUCUUCCGUGGUUUGCGGAUAUUGUCAAUUAUCUUGCGGUUGGCAAAAUUCCAGCUCAUUGGUCCAAACAAGAGAGGGACCGGUUUUUCUCCCAAGUCAAGCAUUUCUUUUGGGAAGAUCCGGAAUUAUUCAAGUAUUGCCCGGACCAAAUCAUCCGGCGAUGUAUUCCUGAAACCGAAACGAGUGGUCAAGUAGAGAUUUCUAACCGGGAGAUUAAGCACAUUCUAGAAAAAACGGUUAGACCGGAUCGCAAAGAUUGGUCAUUACGGCUAAACGAUGCACUUUGGGCUUACCGGACAGCUUAUAAGACACCCAUUGGCAUGUCACCAUAUCGACUUGUCUUUGGCAAAGCAUGUCAUCUCCCGGUGGAAUUAGAGCACCGUGCUUAUUGGGCCGUAAAAAGGUUCAAUUUUGAUCUCAAACAAGCCGGCUCUAAUCGUGCGUUGCAAUUGAAUGAACUUGAGGAAUUGCGUAAUGACGCGUAUGAAAAUGCAAAAAUUUACAAGGCAAAGACUAAAGCUUUCCAUGACAAACACAUCGUCAAAAAGUCUUUUGCCCCGGGACAAAAGGUCUGGCUUUUCAAUUCCCGCUUGAAACUCUUUCCCGGUAAACUCCGGUCAAGAUGGGAUGGUCCAUACAUUGUCACUACCGUCUUUCCUCAUGGAGCAAUCGAACUUCAUGAUCCUGCAAGUGGAUCACUC